AUGAAUCCUGCUGUUGAGGUUACCUGGGGUCAGGACGUCAGUGUUACUUGUUCCAUCUCAACUCAGCAUUUAGGUGGAACAUUCCUCCUGCAGCAGACCUCAGGCUCAUUCAGAACGACCAAAACAUCAAGUACCAACUCUGCUACCUUCAUUAUACCUAAAGUGAACUUUGAUAACAAAGGAUCGUACCAGUGUCAGUAUCAGACAAGUGUUUCAAGACGAGACUUCAGCUCCCCUUUAAGUGACUCUGUCAGACUCUCUGUUACUGUGAGACUGCAGCCGCCCAGCAUCUCCCUGACGUCUCCUAACAGAGGUUCAGAGGUCACCAGGGGUGACAGCUUUGUCUUCACCUGCUCCACUUCCUCCCACUAUCCCACUGGUGUUUUCUUCCUCAUCUUCUCUGGCUCCAACAUCACUGACCCCAAGCCAGCAGUCAACCACUCAGCCUCCUUUAACUUCCCUGCUGCUGAGUACGAACACCAGGGCAACUACAGCUGUGUGUAUGAAGUCACAUGGUCUACACGGAAAUACACUUCUCCCAUGGCUGCACCAGUUAGUGUCCUCAUCAAAAUGCCUUUGUUGCUGCUGGUCUCCUCAGUAGCAGGUGGGGGUCUGCUGCUGCUCCUGCUGGUCUUGGUGGUGGUCUGUCUGGUUGUCAGGAGAAGACGGCGAGCCAAGCAGCCUGGAACCAUCUUCCAAACUCAAUUGUCUGGCAGUAACAAUUAUGAAGAUGACGAAGAUUAUGAUGACGAGGAGGAGGACUAUGUGAAUGUUGAUUCAGUAUGCACCAAGGGGAAACACAAAGAGGAAGCAACAAGCGGGGAAGAAGAGGAGAGUGAUGAAGAUCAUGAUUAUGAGGAAGCGGGCCCCAGUGCAAAUUCUAUACAGGACACAGUGGUCUGUUUCAGUGUAAAGGACAACAGAGAAGAAGAAAGCAGUGAUGAUGAAGAUGACUAUGUAAAUGUAAACCAAAGCAGUGAUGAUGAUGAAGAUGACUAUGUAAAUGUAACCCAGCCAUUUGUUGAACAAACUGUGGACAUUUAUGGGAAAAUUGAGGAUUUAAAUAUGGCAUAA